AAAAAUACACUUUUUUUUUUUUUUUUUUUUUUUUUUUUUUAAUAAUUAAUCAACAAUGUCAAAUAAUUAUACCCAAUUGACAUCAAAAAAGUCGUACAAUAUAUCAGAAGCAAAACUAAAAAGAAUAUUGGAAUAUAAUGAGCGUUUAAAAGAACAACUUGACUUACCACGUAUUCCAGUUUCAGAAGCUGCUUCAAGAGAUCCACUUUUACCAUUAACAUGGGGUCCAGUUAGUAAAGACGAAGAUCCAUUUGCGCCGGCCGCAAAGGGAAACAGAGGAACUAGUGGUUGUUGCAAUUUGAUGUAAAAAAAAAAAAAAGAAAAAGAAAAAGAAAAAAGGAAAAGAAAAUGGGAUCUUUUUUUAUUACUAUUAUUAUUACUUCAUUCGAUACAUCAUCACAUGUAUAAGUUUAUCUAUAAUGUCCUCA